ACACACUCACUCACACACUCACACUCACACUCACACCCUCCUCCAGCCCCACCGCCCCACCAUGGCCGCCUCCACCCUGUCCGUCUGCUCCAGCGACCUGAGCUACGGCAGCCGGGUCUGCCAGCCCGGGUCCUGGGACUCCUGCCCCGGCUCCUCCUGGCAGGUGGACGACUGCCCAGAGAGCUGCUGCGAGCCCCCCUGCUGCGCCCCCAGCUGCUGCGCCCCGCCGUCCUGCUGUGUGCCUGUCUCCUGCACACCUGUCUGCUGCAAGCCCGUGUGCCGUGUGCCCAUCUGCUCUGGGGCCUCCCCCUGCUCAGACCCCUCCUGCUGCCAGCAGUCUAGCUGCCAGCCCUCCUGCUGCACCUCCUCCCCCUGCCAGCAGUCCUGCUGUGUGCCCGUCUGCUGCACACCCGUCUGCUGCAAGCCUGUGUGCCAUGUGCCCGUCUGCUCUGGGGCCUCCCCCUGCCCAGCCCCCUCAUGCUGCCAGCAGUCUAGCUGCCAGCCCUCCUGCUGCACCUCCUCCCCCUGCCAGCAGGACUGCUGUGUGCCCGUCUCCUGCACACCCGUCUGCUCUGGGGCCGCCCUCUGCCCAGCCCCCUCGUGCGGCCAGCCCACCCCCUGCCCCUCAUCCUGCUGCAGACCCUCCUCCUGCGUGUCCCUCAUCUGCCGCCCCGUGUGCAGGCCCGCCUGCUGCGUGCCCGUCUCCUCCUGCUGUGCCCCCGCCUCCUGCCAGCCCAGCUGCUGCCGCCGGGCCUCCUGCGUGUCCCUGCUCUGCCGCCCCGUGUGCUCCCUCGCGGCCUGCUGUGGCCCCGCCUCGGCCCAGAAGUCCUGCUGCUGACCAGGCACGGCCCUCAGCGCCAGCCGGGCUCCAUGUCCCCACCGUGACUGUGGCCCUCCCAGCCCCCUCAGUCCAGUCCUGACCUGUUAGGUCGCUGCCUCCACCAGGACAGGGUCCCCCAUGUGUCCACUGUCAUGACCUGACCUCCGCCUCCGAGGAACCCCUGACCUCACUGCUGCUCCAGUUCCUGCCUCCAGGAGGCGCCCCC